AGGCGCGCCGCGCGCGUGCCCGUCCCCGCCUGCGAGCGCGGCUGAAGAUGGCGAGCCCCGCGCCUCCCGAGCACGCCGCCGAGGGAUGCCCGGCUCCGGCAGUCGGGGAGCAGGCGCUGCGGCCGCCGCCGCCGCCCCGGGCUCCCCCCGAGGAGCAGGGGGAGGAAGCGCAGGAGGAAGGGGCGGUGGCGGCCGGCGCGGGGCGGCAGGUGGAGGAGGCCGCCGGCGGGGUGGCCGCCGCCGUGACCUGGCUGCUGGGGGAGCCCGUGCUGUGGUUGGGCUGCCGCGCGGACGAGCUCCUGAGCUGGAAGAGGCCGCUGCGCAGCCUGCUCGGCUUCGUCGCGGCCAACCUACUAUUCUGGUUCCUUGCACUGACUCCAUGGAGAGUGUAUCACCUGAUUUCUGUCAUGAUACUUGGGCGUGUUAUUAUGCAAAUAAUAAAGGAUAUGGUUUUAUCUAGAGCUAGAGGUGCACAGUUGUGGAGAAGCCUCAGCGAAAGCUGGGAAGUUAUCAAUUCCAAACCAGAUGAAAGACCCAGGUUCAGCCACUGUAUUGCAGAAUCAUGGAUGAAUUUCAGCAUAUUUCUUCAAGAAAUGUCUCUUUUUAAACAGCAGAGCCCUGGCAAGUUUUGUCUCCUGGUCUGCAGUGUGUGCACAUUUUUUACAGUCUUGGGAAGUUACAUUCCUGGAGUUAUACUCAGCUAUCUACUGUUGCUGUGUGCAUUUUUGUGUCCCCUAUUAAAGUGUAAUGAUAUUGGACAAAAACUAUACAGCAAAAUCAAGUCAGUUCUGCUGAAGCUAGAUUUUGGAAUUGGAGAAUAUAUUAAUCAGAAGAAACGUAAGAGAUCUGAAGCAGAUAAAGAAAAAAGUCACAAAGAUGACAGUGAAUUAGACCUUUCAGCUCUUUGUCCUAAGAUUAGCCUCACGGUUGCGGCCAAAGAGCUGUCUGUGUCUGACACGGACGUGUCCGAGGUCUCCUGGACUGACAAUGGGACCUUCAACCUGUCAGAAGGAUACACUCCACAGACAGACACUUCUGAUGAUCUUGACCGACCGAGCGAAGAAGUUUUCUCUCGAGACCUUUCCGAUUUUCCAUCGGUAGAAAACGGCACGGGAACAAAUGAUGAAGAUGAAUUCAGCCUUGGCUUGCCCACUGAGCAAAGGAGAAAAAAAGAGCAGUUGGACAGCGGUCUCAGAGCAAGCGGAGAGAGGCAGUCGGCAGCUGGUCUCACCCUUCCUUUGAGCAGUGACCAAACCUUUCACUUGAUGCGCAACCUGGCUGGGGACGCCAUCGCGGCCGCAGUGACAGCAGCCAUCAAAGAGCAGUUGGAAGGUGCGCAGCAAGCACUUUCUCAGGCUGCCCCCAGCCCAGGCGACGACACAGACCCUGAGGAAGGUGAUGACUUUGAACUACUUGACCAGUCAGAGCUUGAUCAAAUUGAGAGUGAAUUGGGACUUUCACAAGACCAAGAAGCAGAGGCACAGCAAAAUAAGAAGUCUUCGGGCUUCCUUUCAAAUCUACUCGGAGGCCCUUAGUCUGGGAAUCAACUUGUUCAACACAGCACAGAUGAAACUACCAAAAAAAUUCAAACAAGCAAAAAAAAAAAAAAAAAAGAAGAAAAAAAGAAAAGGAAAAAAAUUUUUUGAACUGUGAGCUUUACUGAUUACUUCAGAUUUUUUUUCUUAUUUUCCCUUCUGCAGUGAAUUAAUUGGAUAUAUAUCAGCUGAUACUGAUUUCCUAUAGUUAUUUUUAUGUAAUAAGCAUGGAAAUGAACUUUAUAUACAUAUAUAUACAAACUGUGUUGUCAGAGAUGAAUAUUAGAGGUUGUUUUUAAAGCAAAAACACCAAAUUAUUGGGAUCCUCCUAUAAGUAUUCCUUAUUUUUUUUCUUUACAAUUAAUUUUUCAAGCAUGCAAAAACAGUUUAUUGUAACUCACUGAUAUAGUAACAAUUAGUUGUGAAUACAAGGAGUAUCAGCUCCUUUGUUACUGAUACUUGGAAACAGUUAAAAAAUUUUGGUAGAUUCUGAUUUAAAAAAAAAACAAAAAUUAUCAAGUUAUCUUUAGUUGAAGGACUUGGGAAAUAUUAUCAAAAUUAAUUUCCUAGGAAAAAUUUUAAAAAUAUAUUUAACUACUCUGCAUAGGCUGAUACAUUUCCAUGUUACUUCUGCAGUUAUAGACUUAGGCUUACCUGUAGUAAAUGGCAUGCUCCAUGGACUGCCAGCUCUGGUCUUGGCAAUGGGUGAUAUUAACCCAUAGAAAGCAAGUAAUUAUAUAUCACAUAGACAGUGGUUUUGAUGUAAACAGAGACUGGGCUGUGUUUUGUUGUUCAAUUGUCAUGUAUUUGUGAUAGAGAUGUUGUAAAGUGCAGGUCUAUUCUGCCUGCUCAGACCUAAGUUAAACCCUCAUCUUUCAUGUUAUGUCAUAGAAAACGUCUCUUAAAGUUGUGAAGCUAGUUCCUGGUAUGUUCUAGGAGUGAUGCUGUCAUCAGCAUUAGAGAAACAGUGACUGUUUUCGUAGUCUGUAUGGAGUCUGCAACAGGAGAGAAAUUUGCUUGGCUUUAAGAUGUAUUUAUUUGCUCCUGAAGUCUAAAUAUGUCAUCUGUUUCUACUGGGAAGCCAGAAUAUAUUUUUCCUUUAUUUUAAACUUUUUAGAUCACCUUCAAAUAACCAAAUUUGACUUAGGCUUUUAACAAAGGGUUUAGCAGAAAUCAAGCUAAUUUUGUUUUUGUAAUACAAACUUUUAAUAGUGUUGAGGGACCAUGUCAGCCAACUACCAACAAUCCCUUCAAUCUUCAGGUACAGCUGGCAUUUCUACAGAUGCAUACAGACAUCUGAGACCCUCAGAAAGGAAGGAUAAUCCAAGAAUAUAGGGAAUCUGUGGUCCCUUCCCUUCAUUUUAUUCCUUUCCUUAUAUUUCUAAAAGACAAUAGGUAAUCUGAUGUUUUAACGUAGCAUCUCUUAUUUAUUUUUUUCUUUCUGAGGUAUUAAAAUAUCUAGACUGGAUUUUGCCAAAUCUUAAAGGGAGAAAAGUUAUCGAGGACUUUGAACACUUGCUUUUUGUGAGUUGACUAUGCUUAAUAUGUCGUUAGUGCCUCAUGACUGUGUUUGAUGUCCUUUAUUGAUACAAAGUGAGCCUGUGCCUUCAUUUUCUUGCCCAUUUUGGUACAAAAACCUGGUGUUAGAUCUAUGAACUGUGUGGGUUAGGGAGGAAUAUACCUGAAUUCUAUUCAAUACAAGUUUCUGGACAUAAAGAAAAAUACAGUCACAUAUUUAUAAAAUAGUUGUCACCAGGAUUCUUUUUUUUUUUUUUUAUGUGUAUGCUUCUGCUUUUAAAAAAUGUUCUUGGCCAUGAAGUCAAAAAGUUUACAGGUCAUUUCAAUUUUUUUCAUUGAGGGGAAAAUAAGAAGUUGAUCCAAGUAACUAAAGAAUGUGUUAAAAGUCACUGGACAAGCUUACAAAAAGGAUAAACUCAAGAGUUGGUGGUAGGAACAAUAAAGCAAGGAUCAAAUAUUAUAAACUAUAAAUUAAAAGUGGUUUGGGGAUGGCGAGGUUGUUAGGGUAGAAAAAUGCGUUACUAGCAAUAUGGAGGAGACAUACCAGCUCUCUAUGGAUAGUAGCAUUGUACUUCAAUAUUUAUUCGAGAACAUAUGUCAUUACAAAUUUACAUAAUGCAAUAACAGUACUCAAUUCCGACAAACAGGGAUGCUGAGGAUGGGGUGUGUGUGUGUGUGUGUGUGUGUGUGUGUGUGUGUGUGUGUGUGUGUUGGUGGAUAUACUGUAUAUAAUCCUAUUUCUGGUUUUAAGAUAGAGUAACAAUAAACCCCGAUGGCUGAUCCAGUACAGAGGGGGACUAUAUAUCCCUUACCAUGAGAAUGUAUGCAUUCAUUAAAGUGUGAAACAUGGGGUUUUUUUAAUUGUAAAGGAGGUAUAGAAAACAUUUUGCUCUCUUCCUGUAGAAAAUGCUGAGCAAAAUUAGACAGUGGGAAUAGCAUACAUUGAUCAUGCAUUUUGACCUGAAACAAUAAAGCAGGGCUCAAGAAGUUCAAGCUUGCUUUGGAAAGUCAAUCCAGGCUUAAAGCGGUGUUUAUGUUCUCAUUCUGAAUCAUCAUUGCUUUUUUUACCCUAAAAAUCUUCAAAAGUGAUUUUUAAAAAACUGCCCCCCCAUGUAGUAGAAUACUAGGAAAACAAAUAUUUAUAAGGCUUUGCAAUUGGCAAACAUCCUCAACAUAUUUAGGCAUCUCUUAUAUUUGAAAUAAGUGCAACUCUUUUUCCUUUAAAAAUAGCAAAUUCCAGUAUACUACUGAUUUUAGGCAAGAAGCAAAUUAAGCAAAUUCUUAUAUUUAAGAAAAAAGUGACUUAAACAUUUUCCUUUUCUGUUUAUAAUUUAGGUUGAUGUAGUUCUUUAUACUGCUCCAGCUAUAUUAGUUAUAAGAUAGGAAAUUAUUCUGAAAAUCCCUUACUAAACUACUGUUGUCCUAGGUCAUUUGUAUCAUGAUGAAGUUAGAAAGUCUCAGAACUAUAUUUUUGUGUAUUAUUCCUCUACUUCCACUGCAGCAUUUAAGUUAGGAUGGGAUGUCAUAAAUAUGAGUUCUAGUUCUGAUGUUAAUAUUAUGGCCUCCUAAGAUACAAUGUUAAAGUCACAUAACAUCCCCAAACUAUCACUUCAAUUUCCCCAAACAUAAAAUUAGGAAGCUAAUUAUUCUCUCACACGGGGAUGUUUAUAGACUCAAUGGAAAAAAGUGUCUGAAGGUCUUUCAGGAGAAAAAUAGGCUAUAUAUAACCAAGAUAGUGAUUUUUUUUUCCCCUGCCUGUGUUUCAACUAAGCCAUCUUUUCAAACAUUAAGGCAAAGUCAAUCAACAAGUAACUGCUCAUAAGAAAACUCUAAAGUUCUUUCAGUGGGACUAGCACUAUACUGGCCUCAUUAUCCAAUAAAUGCUGUGGAAUAAAAAGAUGAAAACUGUUGCAAAAA